AUGUCCCGCGGGCCGGGCCGGGCCGGGCCCCUCCGCUCCCCGCAGGGCCUCGACCUCGAUGCGGAGCGGGACAAGAUCCGCCGGGAGAUCGAGCAGCUGGAGCGCAGCCUGCAGCCCGGCGGCGCUGAAAGCCAGCUGUCCCUGUCCGAGUCCAUCCUCAUCUCCGAUGAUGAUGAUGAUGAUGAAGAUGAUGAUGAAGAUGAUGAAGCUUGUCAUGCUGAAAUGGAAGUGGAAAUAGAAGACAGCGAUGAUGAUGAUGACGAUAUUGAAAGCCUGCCCCAGGAUCCAGAAACCUGCCUGCAGAUGAACCAUGUGUACCAAGAAGUUAUCAGGGAAAAGAUUGAGGAAGUGGAGCUGCUCAUUGCACAAAACAAAGAAGAGCAGAAGGGAAUCAUGUCUGAGCUUGAUGGCUCCAAAAUAUCCAAGGCAGGAGAUGGCAGAAGUCUACCAGGUUUUUUGGGUCAUUUUUUGAAGCCAUACUUCAAGGAUAAAAGCACAGGAAUUGGCCCUCCUUCCAAUGAAGAUACCAGGGAAAAGGCAGCUCAGGGAAUAAAAUCCUUUGAACAGUUGCGUCCAACCAAGUGGAAAGCUGCAGAGAAGACGCUGCUGCAGGAAUCCGUGGUGAGCGACCGCCUGCAGCGCCUGCUCCAGCCAAAGCUGCUCAAGUUGAGUUAUUGGAAUCAGAAACUGGAGAAAAUCAAGACUGAAACAGAAAAACAGAUCAUGGAAAAGCAAAUCAAGGAGUUGGAGCAAGAAAUAGAGGCAAUUAACCAACUGCCAGAAAGUGACUUAAUAGGAUACAGAUUCGAUGAGCAUGACUGGGACAAAAUUUCAAACAUCCACUUUAAUGGACAACGUAGCUCAGAAGAACUGAGAAGCGUUUGGCAAAAUUGGGAGCAUCCAAGCAUCAACAAAAAGGAAUGGACUGAGGAGGAAAUAGAGAGGCUGAAGCAGAUAGCUGCUAAACACAACUACCUGGACUGGCAGACCAUUGCCCAGGAGCUGGGGACAAACAGGACAGCUUUCCAGUGCUUGCAGAAAUACCAAAUCUAUAACAAAGAUUUUAAAAGGAAAGAAUGGACCAAGGAUGAGGACCAGAUGCUUUUAGAGCUUGUUCAAGAGAUGAGAGUGGGAAACCAUAUCCCAUAUAAGAAAAUUGCUUACUACAUGGAAGGAAGAGAUUCUGCUCAGCUGAUUUACCGCUGGACAAAGAGUGUGGACCCCAGCUUGAAGAAAGGACGCUGGACACCAGAGGAAGAUGGUAUGCUGAUGGCUGCAGUUAAGAAGUACAGGGAGAAGGAGUGGUACAAAGUCCGGACAGAAGUGCCGGGCAGGAGCGACGCCCAGUGCCGGGACCGGUAUUUAAAAGCAUUGCACUGGGAUCUAAAGAAAGGCAAGUGGAGCUCGAAGGAGGAGGAGCAGCUGAUUGAACUGGUUCAAAAGCAUGGCCUGGGUCACUGGACUAGAAUAGCUUCAGAGCUGCCACAUCGGACUGGCUCCCAGUGCCGGAGCAAGUGGAGUCUCAUGAUUGGCUCUAAGAGGAAAAGAUCUGGGGCGACCAAACGGCACCAUGCUGAGGGGAGCUUGAGCUCUUCAGAGAGCAGCAGUGAGGAGGACAUGGAGCUGGAAUACUGCUCAGAGGAGGAGAUCAGCACCACGAGCAAGAAGUGUGCAGUCCCCAGCAUUGACCUGUGGAUACCAACAGGGACAGACACGCAGAAGGCAACCACAGAGAGAUACCAAAUCCAAUCCCUCUUCCCCGCUGCCAGGGCUGGUGCAAGGAGCAGCUUCAGUGACAUUGCAAGGGCAGGAUGUGACAGAGACAGAGCUGCUGAUGUGUCACGUGGGCUGACCACGGUGCUGAGGGGCAUUAGACAGUCCCAUGCCACAGACAUGCUGGUGAAGAAUCCAGCAGAAGUGAUGGCCAAGGCUUCCCAGUGUGGAAAACAAGUGCUGUGGGCUAGCCUGGGGGAUGUGAGGACAAUAUUAAAGAAAAACACGAGCUUCCAGAGGCAACUGAUACUCAAACCUCCUGCCAGCCUUUUAGCCAGCCCCCCUGGAGCAGGAGCAGCUGUUGGCCAGCAUGUCCAGAGGCUGCCAGAGAGAGCUUGGCGCCAGAGCAGGGAGCGCUGGAGGAGGUUCAGCCUGGACAGGAAGCUGCUGAUGGCAGUGACCCCUUGGGUGGGCAAUGUGCUGCUGCCCUUCACCUUGAAGGCUGGGAGGAUGGCUUUCCACCACACAAAAGCUGCUGCUAUUCACGAGAAGAUGAAGUCAGUAGGUCUCACCAGCACUCCCCUGUUUGCACUGCUCAUUCAGCUGUUCCAGAUUGAUACUAAGGGCUGUUUGAAGGUUAUUCAGGAGAGGAAGCUGAGGCAGUUGGAACUGCUUAAGGCUAAUCAGACUUCCGAAAAUACACAGACUUUUUCAGGCAACUCACCCCAAGCUUGUUCUCAGUGGAAUUCCCAACAGAAUGCUGUAGUAUGUGCUCUGACGGGCUCAGAGAGCUGUGCCCCAGCUGUGCACAGAGCUCCCCCCGCCCAGUGGCAAAGGCAGAAGCCUAAAACUGUCUCAGAAUUGCUGCAAGAGAAGCGUUUACGGGAGUCCCAGGCCAAGAAGGCUAUGCAGAGGAGGACAGUGCUGGCUGCCCCACAGGUGCUGGUUUCAAGGCCUCUGAUAAUCCAGUACCCACCCCAGCAAAUCAUUCUGUCUGCACAAGCAGGGAGCAAACCUGCAGCACCUGCUGGGACAGAUGGACAAGUGUGGGGUUCACCAGUGCCCACAAGGACUUCUGCUGCCGGUUCUGCUUCUGCUCUUGUGCCUGAAAACCAUUCCUCAGCAGCGCCAGAACCUGGGGAAAGCCCUGGUUGCUCACAAGGGACGGAUCUACAGUCAAGUAAGAAGCAAAAUGAGGAAGCUCUGGAAAGCAGCCCUGAAGGAGGGGGUUCUCCAGGUAUGAAUCCAGCUGCAGCAGAGAAGGCCCCAGACCAGGGAGGGUGCAAUGGUCAGAUCACAGCCAGUAGCUCAGCUUCAGCAGUGUUGCAAAACCAGGCUUUUGUGCCUCAGCAGAUCGCAGCAGUGCCUCCUGGCCUGGAGUCUGGCCAGUUGUCCCUUUCCACACCAGUCACCUCUGAGCUGAAAAGUAACAGGCCACAGCGGAGGCCAGUCCGCCUGCUGCCUGCUCUUGUCCCUCCACAAGCUGCUUCUCCUGCGACUCCCAACAGCAUCCCGCCCUUCAAGUGGGUUGUAACCCCCCAGGGUCUGCUCCUCAGCGCUGUGCAGACCGUGCUGGGUGUUCCCCAGGAAAUGCCAGCUGCUGCUGGGACAAGUCAGUGUCAGACAGCUCUGACUUCCAAUGGCAAUGCCUCUGAUUUGGAAGGGAUUCCUGAUCCAGCUGGGGCAAAUCCACCUCACCCCAGCAGUGCAGAGACAGAAGAGCCAAAUUCCCAGCUGUUCCUGGGGAUUCCUUUGGGAGAGGAAGCUGAGCAGUCCGCAAUGCUCUUACGUGUGACCUCAGUGAGUCCUGGAUGCAGCACACCCAGCGUUUUUGCUGUGACCCCUGCGUGUUCAGAUGGCUUCUCCGUGCCUCCAGACUCCUCUGCAGCUCCAGCUGCCAUCCCAGCUCUUAGUGCUGUGCUGCUGCUCGAAGCACAGCCCCCUGCCAGCACUCAGGGCUCUGAUUCCCAGGCUGUGCCCAGUCUCACCAGCGUGGGAAGGAGCAGUGACUCCAUCACAGCAAACAGAUCAUCCUCCAUUCCAUACAGCAGCAGGGAAGGGGUUGUGCUCUGGCCAGGAGCUGCAGCUCCUCACGACAGUGUCCCAGGGAGCUCUGGUCGCUCUGGUGCCCAGGCACCGAGGAACAGACCCUUUGCCUCCGAACCAUGCAGUGCUGCCUUCCCCCCACAGCCAAGCACUUCCAGUGCAGAGAAGAAUCUCCUUGACUUCAGCCUGAUCUCCCUGGAGGACGAGGGCCUGGUGAAGGAGUGGCUGAGUGGGAAACAAGGGGUUCAGGUGCCAUCCCUGCAGACCGGGCUGCCUUAUCUGCCACCUUUCCUCUGCAGCAUAAAAACCCUCUCAAAGCUCCUUGUGCAGAAAGCAGCUCUGGAAGAACAAGCAGCCUCUCUCCUGCCCUCUGAGGCCAGUGGGGAUGGGGGCACUGGGGAUGUUUUCCAUGCUAUUGGAGAACUGGUGCAGCAGAAACUGGGUGAUAACCCUGCUUACCUCCUGCUGAAAGCCAGAUUCCUGGCAGCCUUCACACUCCCAGCUCUCCUGGCAACUCUGCCUCCUCCCAGAGUGGAAACAACUCUGUCAGCCAACAGGAAGGAAGAUGAGGAGAGUGAUGACGAGGAGUGGCAGAGUGAGAAAAUGUCUGAGGAAGAGAGUUGUGGAGAUGAAUUAACAGCAGUACAGGAGGACUGGAGACUUAAGCAUGAACCUGCAGACAGAGUUGCUGAUGUACUAAAUCAGGGCAUGAGGGCUGAGGAGAGCCCUUCUCUGUCUGCCCUGGGCUCCUGCACUCAUGAUGCCAGAGCUCCCCAGAUCAGGAGAAGUGCCCGCUUCAGGAAGAGGAGGAGGAUAUGAGGAGGAAAUGUGUUAGUAGCUCCUCAGUGGUUUGGGUCACUGGGAUGAGCUCUGCCUUCCUGCGUGGCCAUAGGAGAUAAUCUUUGCACUGUUCACUUUUACCACCUCCAAUGCUGACUGGAUGGACCUGGGGAAGAAGAAAAUUCUGGAUUGAUUUUCCCAUCCCUCAACAAAAUCUGCAUCUGUAGGCAAGGUGGAAAAAUGAAGGAAACUGGCUGGAGGGAAAUCUUUCAGGCACAGACUUCUGCCCUUUCAAACUCCCACCUGCCAUAGAUGCUGAGGGGGAAUAUUGUUGGAAAUCUGGGGGAACAAGCAGUGGUGGUUAUUUAUUUCCUUCUUGUGUUAGCCCUUAUUUAUAUGAAUGUUUAUCCAUGUUCAGAAUAUGUUAAUUGGGUGUUUUUUAGUGUUGUGACAGUGGCUUUGCUUGGUAACUGACUGAAUACUGUGGAAUAAGCAGCAGAUUAAUUUUGUAUCAAAAUGACUUUUAAGUAUUUGUUGAAAUACAGAUGUUUUAUUUUUCUCACUUAAAAAUUA